UCUGCACAGAACAAGUUCACAGAAGCUAGCAGAUCCUCCAAACGAGAUCAGUGUGGUGCGUUGUUUUGAGCAGCAGUCAGCAGGCACUCAGUAUACCCGCUGUGUGACUUUGCGUCCUGGCUUUGCGCACCUAAAAAUACCCCUGUCCAAGUACACAGAUCAAAGGAGGUAGCAACACUGGCGAAUCCCGCCCCGCCAUUUAACCUAAAACCUCUCAGAGGAGGAGCAUGCAGUGUGAGCAAAGAGCCGGCGACAACCAGAGUUGUACAGAGGAACGGGAGACUGGUUCGGGUUACAGGGACUGGCCUGGCGACUGGCCUGCAGCACAUAGUGGGAUCGCUCUGAAGUAGCAAAUGGGACAAACGGAGCGGAACACAAAGGAGUAAGACAGAGGAAGACUCGGACACGGAAUGUUUCGGUUUUGAAGGUUUAUGUAAUUACUCAUGAGUGCAGCCAAAUAGGUGACGAACGGCAGAGUUUACUCAGUAUAAACAGCCUCUUGCAAAGUUACAGAUCGGCAGGAUUCUUUCUGUGCAACUCUACACCUGAUGAGCUUGGGGAUUGUUGGGUGCUUAGAGCCACACUCACAUGUCUGAAAUGGAACAGGAAAAGAAGUGGGGAGUCGCUGGUAAACCAGGUGAAAAGAGGCGCAUUGGCUUGAAGCAGCCGCUGUGGAGAGAUUUGUGUUGCGUGGCAUUUUGCAUCGCGGUGUCCGUGCUGUCUGUUGGAGUUUGGAUCGUAGUUUUUGUGCGGACGUCGGAGCUGCAGUCCAGGAUAGUAAGUCUGGAACAGCAGCGGCUUUCUGCGUGGAUGCUGUCCGUGGAACAGGUGGAGCCUGUCAUCCUGGGUCGUCUCGACCAGAUCUUGGAAGAAAAGCUUGCAGCGCGACUACCAAAGACGCGGGAUGCGAGAGAAGUUUCCCACAGCUGCCUGUGUCCCCCAGGACCUCCAGGUCCUCCUGGACGAGCAGGCUUUCCGGGUGGCAAAGGAAGUAUGGGAAUUCCUGGAAGAAUGGGCUUAAAAGGACACGCAGGGGAGAAGGGAGCACCAGGUGAACCUGGACUGUCUAUCAUUGGACCAAGAGGACCUCCUGGACAACCUGGUACAAGAGGAUUUCCAGGAUUUCCAGGUCCAAUUGGGUUAGAUGGCAAGCCUGGACAGAGUGGACCAAAGGGAGACACGGGACAGCGUGGUCCUAAAGGACACCCAGGGGAACCUGGACCUAAAGGGGAGAAGGGUAUCUGUGGCGAUUACACACAUCGGAAGCGACGUAUUGUACAGCCCUGUGUUGGACAGUUGGCCACACAGGGCGAGCCUGGAAUACAGGGGCCUCCGGGACCUCCAGGGCCACCUGGACCACCAGGAACACCGGGAAUGGAUGGGGCCAAUGGCCCACCGGGUAAACCUGGGGAGCCAGGCAAACCUGGAAAAGAUCCAAGGCUUUUGCCCGGACUAAAGGGUGAGCCAGGUGUGCCAGGACAAAAGGGGGAUCGAGGUGAUGUUGGCCCAACAGGCCCAAAGGGAGUUAGGGGAGACCAAGGAAAUAAGGGAGAGAAAGGAGAGCUGAACGCUGGAGCCCUGGGAAUUAAAGGAGAGCCUGGUUCACCAGGACUGCCAGGACUAAGAGGACCCAGAGGUGACAAAGGAUCCCAGGGAGAAAAAGGGGAAGCAGGUCUUCAAGGCCCAGCUGGCCCAAGAGGUCUGCCAGGCCCGACUGGGGAGCCAGGAAGGGCUGAAAUCCAGUAUGAAAAUGAUAUCCGCAACAUCCCCCUGAUGGGCCCACCUGGAUUACCUGGACCUCCAGGGACACCUGGAAUCCCUGGAGCCAAGGGUGAAGUUGGUCUACCAGGUCCACCAGGACUGGAUGGAGAGAAGGGACCUCGAGGGAAGCCUGGAGAACCUGGUCCCCCGGGCCCAGCAGGUCCUGAAGGUCCCAGAGGAGAGGGAGGUGUCAUGGGCUUUCCAGGACCCAAAGGCACCAAGGGUGACAUGGGUCCAUCUGGAUCACCUGGUCCAAAAGGUGAACCUGGAGAUGGAGGAAGGUUAGAAUCGAUCUAUGGUCCUCCAGGGCCACCAGGACCCCCAGGACCAGUUGGCCCAGCAGGACCACAAGGACCAUCAGGGCCUAAGGGAGAGCCAGGAAUUGGAAUCCGAGGAGAAAAGGGAGCGACAGGUCAGAAAGGCGACAAGGGAGACAGAGGCCAUCUUGGACUUCCUGGUCUAGUAGGACCUGCAGGUGUGCCAGGGCCAGCAGGACCAAAGGGAGAGACAGGUGAAAAGGGUGAUCCUGGAAUCCCAGGACCAACAGGGCCACAAGGCAUCCCCGGCUUAGUAGGACCACAGGGACUCAAGGGAAAUCAGGGAGAGAGGGGCAAGAAAGGCAACAGGGGGGCCAAAGGGGAUAAGGGAGACCAAGGAGCACCUGGAUUAGAUGCCCCCUGUCCAUUGGGAGAUGAUGGUUUACCUGUACCUGGAUGUUGGAAUAAAGGUCAACAUCCUUUUCAACUGGCAAAGAAGUAGCACUACUGCAGAUGAUCUCCCACAAGCCACCAGAAGGAAAACUUUGGAUAUAGUGUUUGCAGUUUUUACCCAGUUGGCUUUUCAACUUUUUCCUGCAGGCUGGGCACAGGGCGAGUAGUGUCAGAGACUCUGGUGGCUAUGCUAUGCUGAACACAGUAACCUCAAAAUGACUGGAUAGUAGAACCUUUGCUCCAUGGUGUAGUUGGUCAUUGAAGUCUUUCUGGACAGAACAACGAUGAGACUAUCACAACCACAGAGAGCUAGAGGUUGAGACUUUACCUGCUGAUCUGUUCCACUGACUGAUCUGUUUAUCACCUAAAAAAAAAGCAUGGUCACUUGCAAUGUGUUGUGUUUGAUUUCACAUCAUUACUGUAACUGUGAUAAAGAAUUCAGAGCAGCUCACAGAGCAGAUAUAUGCCAUGUGUUUCCAUGAAAAACCAAAAUGCAAAGGGAGACCCACUUGAUGAUUCCUUACUGAUACUAGUUGACACACUGCCUUUAAAAAAAAAUCCCUUUAACUGCAGCUAUGACCAUUUUUGAAUGAUUGUGCUGUAUGUAUGAUGUGUGAUACCAGCAUCACACAUCAUGUUUGUUCUCAUAUAUGAUAUUUUUUACUUUUUUGUAUGAACGCCAUGUUCACUGCUGUAUAUGUAUGUAAAGUACAAGAUGAGAAUUUUAUGUAUAAAUGUACCUAGCUUGUAAAUGGAGUGCAUGAAUUAAACAUCUUUUAAGUAGUGAAUAUGCAUCACAGUUCUGAAAAGGUGGUAUUCAUAUCUUGAUAAAUGAUUUCUUGAGAAAUGUAUAAUUUGUAAAAUACUUUGACCUAUUGUUUACCAGAAUUACAUAAUUUUAACAUUUGCAUCUUCCGUAUGUCCAGCCCCGUCACUUAUUCUGGCUCAGAAAAGUCACAUUUGUCAUUCAUAAUAUUGAAAUGUAAUUAAUCUUUUUCCAUCUAAAAACAUCACAGCUUAAAUCUUUUUGCUCAUUUGUUACUGUACAUUCAGAUAGCAUAAAAUGACUUGUCAGCAUUUCACCUUCCUGUUAUUGUAGUUCAGAUGUACAGAAGCAUUCCAUGUCAUCCUGACAGCUGCCAUGUAAACAGACUCGGGUCAAAGUCGUAUUUUAUUUUAUUGGGAUUUUUCAGUUUUGGAGUUCAGUAGUAAAAGAAUGAUGUUUGAUUUUUUCGUUGGGUACAAGUGCACCUGGAAAAUCAUAUAGUUAUAUUUAUUAAAAUUUAAAACAAAAUUAUCAAUCACAUAGCUUAAUUCAAUAUUGUUGUAAGUGUCAACACUACAGAAGCGUAGAGCUGCCAUCCA